AGGAAGUGCUAUCGGAUGAUGAUAAUGAUGAAGAUGAUGAUAAUGAUGAAGAUGAUGGUUAUGAUGGUAAUGAUGGUUCUGAUGAUGAAACUGCCUCUUCUGUGGAGGAGCCGAAUGCCGCUGAAGAACAAACCAUGGUUACGAUUUCCAGCGACACACAGCGUCAAAAAG